CGCCCCCUUCAUCCUUCCCCCCAUUCCGCCACCCUCCCUGCUCCCUGGCCGUAGCAAGCAGCAGUGAAGACGAGGUAGUUUUGAAGCCGUGGCAUUUAUGAUCUCAUCUCAGCCUGAUCUCCGCAUCCUACAGAGGAUCUUAUGACCAACACAGGGAUAAAGUAAAAUAAACGACGGAGCCUUGCUUCAGACUGGCCUAAAAUGGGCAGAAAGGGUGCAGAACAAAAGCUGCUUGUUGCUUGUACAAAAGUACUGAAGCGCUGCAGCCGGGACCAAGCUGCUAUGCUAAUGCCUGUGCCUCUCAACAGGAAAGAGAGCCAAAAUGUUCCCGAAGGGCACGAAGCGCAAGUUUUCUGACUCCGGGGAUGAACCUGCGGCAGGCGGUGAGGAUGUAAACCAGCCGAGUUCGGUGGCCGUAAGGAUGCUGUCAUCUUACAGCCUGCAGCGACAGUCCUUGCUGGACAUGUCCCUAAUCAAGCUGCAGCUGUGCCACAUGCUGGUGGAGCCCAACCUGUGCCGUUCAGUGCUGAUUGCCAACACGGUGAGGCAGAUUCAGGAGGAGAUGACCCAGGACGGCACCUGGCAGAUCAUGACCCAGGCCCUGAGUGCUGCCAACGCUGCUGCCCAGUGCUCUGCAGACCGCCUGGUGGCCACCGAGGUGCUUUGUCGGCAGACCGAGGCAACCCAGGGGGAGCAGGUACUCAAGCCCUUCCCAGCGGUGGGGUCAGAGGGUUGCCCUGCAGAGGAGGAGGUGGUAGUGGAGGGCGAGGGGGGGGUGACCAUGUCCACGGUUUCCCCCCAAGCCCCAACCUCCUACCUGCCAGGCACCUUUGGCAUGGACCCCUGUUGGGAAGAGGAAAAUGGUGAAGAUGAGGAGGAAGAUGAGGACAGUGAGGAGUGUGGGUCUGGUUCGGAGGAGGGAGACAGUGACAGGCUUGUGGAGGACUCCAGGACAGCAGAGCAGGUCUUUGGCACGUUUGAGAUCAAAAACCCUGCGCCCAGCCCUGACCCUGCCCUGGAGGAACUGUUUUCAGAUGUGGAUGCGUCCUACUACGACCUUGACACGGUGCUGACAGGCAUGCAGAGUGCGCCUAAGAUGGGGCCCUACGACCUCCUGGAGAGCCUGUCCUCCCAUGGGCCCUCACCCCUCAGCUCUAGCACCAGCUGCCGAUCAGACCUCAAUGAACUGGACCACAUCAUGGAGAUCAUAGUGGGCUCCUGAGAAACAACACAUUCCCAUUCUUACAGACUUGGAGACUCUUUACAGACAAUGCACAUGGUGCGUACAUGGAUAUCGUGUUAUUAUUAUACAUUCAGACGUUGAGGGUUUAUGAAAUCAAUAACUUAUUCAGUGUUACCACAUGCAGGUGUGCAUCUGUUAGUGGGCAGAGAUUACAGCAUAUACCAUUAUGAUUUUUCUUAUUUACAUACUUUUCUAUGUUUCCUUUUAUCAUACAAUCUAUUUUUCCAGUUUUGUUUUAAUUUAUUGUUAUGUAUGGACUGAAGAACAAUGUCAUUACACUACACAAGAAUAGAGACCGGAACAUCCAAACCUUUGAAGCAAUGUAUAUUUUCCUAAAGACUAAAACAAAUAUUAGUGAAAUAGAUGUAUAUUGUACGUAUAUAUGUAUAUUGAAAUAUAUUUUUUGCAACAUACAGUUUGGGAAAUGUACCAGUAUGACUACAUCUAACCCCCCCCCCCCCCCCCCCUCCUAUUUUUAAUCUGACAGAGAUUUUGAAAUGUUAAUGUAGCCUGAUUCGACCAGUCUUCCUAUGGUUUGGAAUCAAGUCUCAAGACAGGGACCGUCCUGCUUUUUCAGGCACAUUUUUUUUCUUCCCCCGCUUGAUUUGAAUCCAUCUCUUACAACCUAGACUAGAUUUGUUCAAGUAUUAACAGAAACUCUUGCUUGAUAUCAGCAUUAAGAAGCCAUAUUUUCUGAUAUUUGUGUUAUUACAAAUUGAGAAUAAUGGGUUGACCCAUUAAGUUAUUACUUUUUAAUUUAUUUAAUUUAUUAAAUAGACACAAACAUGCAAAGUUGCUUUUAACUGAAUCGUGUAGACCCAUGUGAUAUAUUUUAUAUAUCACAAGGGUCUACCCAACCCCCCCCCCCCCCACUUUUUUUUUUUCUUCUCAAAAAUAACUAUGGGCCUGGGUUUACUAUUCACUAUGCAGUUCAUUUGUGAAAUGAUAUUUUGUACAGAAUUCAUCCAUAGGAAUGUCAAUAGUUUUUUUAUUUUUCCAUUUUUUGGGGAUGUACAAGCAACUGCCAUUCUAAAGAUUUUUCAAAAUGUCUUAUCAUGAUUAAGAGAUUACUCAGGCAAACCGUAUCAGUUAAAUCCGACAGUAUUACUCCGGUCAUUACUACCACAACACUCCUCUGAAUGAUGUCACUCUGCUUCAAACAGGAGCUAGAAUUUCAACAAUUGUAAAGUAUAUGCAUUUUUAUAUUAAUAAAAAAUGUAGCAUCUUUGUAAAUAUUUUUUAUAAUAAAAGGUGCAAAGUUAAUUGUCACUUAUUUUAUUUUUUAACUAGAUAAAAUGUAUCUGUUAGUUUAAGGAUCAACCCUUUUUUUCUUCAAUUUUUGCCUAAAAUGACAUACCCAUAUCUAACUGCCUGUAGCUCAGGACCUGAAGUAAGGAUAUGCAUUUUCUUGAUACCAUUUGAAAGGAAACACUUUGAAGUUUGUGGAAAUAUGAAAUGAAUGUAGGAGAAUAUAACAUGCGUUUUUAUUUUUUUGUACCAUCUUUGAAAUGGACGAGAAAGGUCAUAAUGUAUUAUUGCAGCACAUGCGCAAUAUAGAAUUUGGCCACUAGAAGGCAGUAGUGUAUGAGCAAAGUUUUAGACUGAUCCAAUGAACAUGUUCAAAAUGUUGUAUCAAGACAGCCCAAAUGUGCCUAAUUGGUUUAUUGAUACAUUUUCAAGUUCAUAAUUGUGCGCUCUCAAACAAUAGCAUGGUAUUCUUUCACUGUAAUAGCUACUGUAAAUUGGACGGUGUAGUUAUGUCUAAAAUUCUUGUUAAUCUAUCUGAUAUGGGCAGAAAGCUAUGUCCUGGGAUUUUUUUGUUUGUUACUUACAACCUCAGGCUAACGUGAUUAGCCUAUGUUAGCUCAACCGUCCCGUGGGGGGACACCAAUCCCAUAGAGGUUAUUAAAGGUAAACUAAGUUCAA